AAAAGGAGGAGGUGGUUCUUGAUCAUUCCGCCCAUCUUCAUCCACUCAUUCUGACCAAAUCAGCUAGCAUUGAUGGAGCAGACCAUUAUUGUUAUGGCUGUGAGAAGUACAUCUUCUCCGGAGAGGCGAUCUACAGAUGCCGUGACGAACACUACACGAAGUAUGCGCAGAAAUGCCGGCAGAGAUCACCUUCUCCUUGCACCCUCAACACACCCUCGUCCAAAGGCCCAAAGGAGUGUGGUCCCACCCAUGUGCCAUCUGUGAAUAUGGGGGUGUUUCAAAUUGGGUACAACAGCAGUAGCUCAUGCCAAUUCCGGGUCCACUUCGGCUGCGUAAACAGCAUGGACGUGAUGGCUGCAGCUGCUUCCGGAUCCACCAAACAUCCGAGCCAUCCGCGCCAUGAGCUGACUCUUCUGUGGAAGCCCGGUCGAGCUGCCUCCUUAAGGUGCGAUGCUUGUGGCGCCAUACACCGAGGGAACUCCUAUUUCUGCACCCUUUGUCAAUACUGCAUCAGCCAGAGCUGCGCGGCCUUACCUGCCAGUCUCGACCGCCACCACCUCCACAACCACCCGCUCUCCUUGGCUUAUCGUCUCCCACUUGAAUAUCUCAAGUACCAUUUCAAGUGUGAUGUGUGCCUCAAGGUGUUGCUCCCUCGAUAUUGGGUCUAUCACUGUAGGAUUUGCAGAUAUGUUGCCCAUCUCAACUGCACCAUCUCAACAUCUCCCUUCAUCACGAGCAAUAUGAACGUGGAUGCAAAUGUCACUGUGUUUCCAAUAGAAGAUGCAGCUGAAGAGCUUAUUGGACCUCUCGUUGCAAAAUUAGGAGUAACGACUAUCUCUCAUGAUAAUGAGAUCAUCAAAGGCAACUUCAAACUUCAUAAUACAAACCAUCUGUUACGCCUAAUCUCAUCAUUGCAUUAUCCGGAACUAAACGACCAUGUCGUCGAUGAUGAUGAUGAAGAAGAAGAUGUUGAUCUUAACUAUGGCUUGAAUGGAAAAUUAGUAGUGAUGGAUGCACCACACCAAUUUCAUCAACAGAUAAAUACUACUCCCUCCGUCCCAGAGAAGUUGGCACACUUUCCUUUUUAAUUUGUCCCACAAAAGAUGUCACAUUUCCCUUUUUGAAAAAAGUUCUCUCUCAC